AUGUCCACACCGCCCUCUGCAGGCAGUUUCUGUAACCGGACGUGGGACGGCUGGCUGUGCUGGGGAGACUCCACUCAAGGGACCAUCAUGCAGAUGUGUCCGGAGUACUUCCUGGAUUUUGACCCUGCUGAGAAGGUUACCAAAGUGUGUAAUCCGGGGGGCCAGUGGUUCCACCACCCAGAGAGCAACAGAAUUUGGACCAACUACACCCAGUGUCAGGCCCACACCAAAGACAAACUCAAGUUUGCCAUCAGUCUUUACUACCUGGCCAUGGUGGGUCACGGUCUGUCCAUCGUCUCUCUGAUCAUCUGCCUCAUCAUCUUCUCCUACUUCAAGAGUCUGAGCUGCCAGAGAAUCUCCCUCCACAAGAGCAUGUUCCUCUCCUUCAUCCUGAACUCCAUCGUUACCAUCAUGUGGCUCUCGCUCACUGUGGCCAAUAACCAGGCCAUAACCGCCAGCAACCCUGUGAGCUGUAAGGUCCUGGCUGUCCUGACUCAGUAUACAUCCACCUCCAACUAUUUCUGGAUGUUGUGUGAGGGCAUCUACCUGCACACCCUCAUCAUAGUGGCCGUCUUCGUAGGCGAACAGCAGCUCUUCUGGUACUACGUCCUGGGAUGGGGUGAGUCUGGAGGAUGUGAUAUUUAA